CAUGUAGAGCAAAAGCGCAGCCGGAGCGCUGAGCAGGGCAGAGAGCUGGAGAAGACGGACCAGUGCGAGGCGCAGACAGAGACGCAGAAACACACAGCUUCACGCGAGAUGAUCGAGUGUUUCCUGGAUCGCGUUUAACGACAACACGGACAUUUAAUUAUCGUGAGAGGAAAGAAUCCAAGAAUAAAACGUGACGGCACCAGUGGAAAUAUAAUCUGAAAACUCCAUUUGGUCCUCUGUGCUUGCGUGCGUGUGUGUUUGUGUGCGCGCGAGUGCGCGCGCGCGUGUGUGUGUGUUUGCGCACAGAAAAUAAAAGCUGUCUGCACUGCAUUGGACUUUAAAACCGCACUGAAUUCGGACUUUUCUCUCCUCCAGCGCUCUCUGAGAUUAUUAUUAUUAUUAUUAUUAUUAUUAUUAUUAUUAUUAUUAUUAUUAUUUUGAAAAGCACACAUUAUCGGAAUCCCCGCGACGGAAAGAUUUGCGUUUUAUACCUGAAAGAGAUAAAAGAGCAGAGACGAUGGUGAACCCAGGAGGCAGUGCUCAGUCCGCACCAGUUGGAGCUGGUACCAUGUCGUGGAAGCGCUGCGCAGGCUGUGGAGGGAAGAUCGCCGACCGCUUCCUCCUCUACGCCAUGGACAGCUACUGGCACAGCCGCUGCCUUAAAUGCUCAUGCUGCCAAGCCCAGCUCGGAGAGAUCGGCACCUCAUGCUACACCAAGAGUGGCAUGAUCCUGUGCAGAAAUGACUACAUCAGGUUAUUUGGGAACAGCGGGGCGUGCAGUGCUUGUGGACAGUCCAUCCCAGCCAGUGAACUGGUCAUGAGGGCACAGGGCAAUGUGUACCACCUCAAGUGUUUCACGUGUUCUACCUGCCGGAACCGGCUGGUCCCUGGAGACCGGUUCCACUACAUCAACGGCAGCUUGUUCUGCGAACACGAUAGACCCACAGCGCUCAUGAAUGGCCACUUGACUUCACUGCAGACGAACCCACUCCUUCCUGAUCAGAAGAAGCCGUGCACCCUGGGGGCUGUGCUGAAGCGCUGCUCAAAACCGAGACAAAAAGAGACUAACUUCAUAAAACGUUCUUGUGUGUUAGGAGGGAGGAGUUGCUCAAAGCGGGAUGUGUGCCUUCAUUCCAGCCCUCGCUCAUUGUCACUGAAGAUCUCUCAGUCCUGACCUGACCGCCGCCCCCAACCUCCUUUCCUAUUCACUUCCGGAGUCGCAGCACUACCCCAGCUUCCCCUUAUGAUUAUCCCAGAAUUCCUCUCUAAACCUCCCCCUGACCUGACCCCUGUUCAUAGGCGGAUUCCCAGCGUUGAGGCGCUUCCAAUGGAAAUCUGAGGACUCCAUGACUUACAGGAGACCGAUCAGACCCUGUGGGACUCAAAGACAGACAGAGAGAUAGAGAGAGAGUGAGAGAGAGAGUGAGUGAAAAGAGAGAAUUAGACCAUACAGAAGGACAUUUUGGAUAAGCGAAAGUAAGAGAAAAGGAGAGCGUCAGACAAAUGAAGCUAAUCAGCUGCAGCUUUUCGAAUCGCAGUUGUUACAUUUGUUUGAUCAUUAACAGGGGCAAAACAGACUGUGUUUUUUUUUCCUUUUUACUUCUUUUUUUCUCCUUACUUCCUUAUCUAUUCUCUUUUUCUUCAACACUCUAUCUCCGCUUUCUAUAUUUUAAAUGUUGUAAAGGGAAUGUGUUUCGUUUUUUGGGUGAUUCAAGAAUCAAAAAGACUGGGUUCCAAGAAGUAUCCGUGGCUUUUUUGUGCAAAUGGAAUCAUGAACACUCUUGGUGUAUUUGUAAAACUAUCACAUAUGUAUGCAUGUAAAUGUUUUUGUCCCAACGUGGCUACCGUACAUCCUCCACGUUACCCUGCCCCUUCCUACCGGAACCUGAACCAUAGCAACUAAGCUCAUAGCUGUCCACUUGUAAAUGCUGAAUGAGAGAGAAAUCUAUUUGUGAUAUUUUCAGAGACAUUGGCUCCAGUAUGGUGUAUUUAAUUAAUAAAAAAGUUCAGAUUUAAAAGCA